AUGAAAUUUUUAUCAUUGAUAUCAAUCACUUCAGUUGUUGUUGCAACAGCCCUUGAGAAAUCUAACUAUUUAUUACCAAAUGCUCAUGCAGAUUAUCUUAUCAAAAGAGAUGCUAAUCCAGAUUAUUUUCAAUGCCUGCAGUAUGAUGGACAAUGUCAAUAUGCCAGUUAUUUAGCUUUAGGUUGUAAGGGUGAUGUGUCGUCUAAUAAACAAGAUGAAUUUGAUUGUUUUUGUCAUAAUGAACCUGGAAACCCUUAUUUAAUGGCUUGGCAAUAUUGUUAUUAUGAUUGUCUUGAUCCUAGAUUUUUCUAUAUGGGAAACAACACAUUUUAUAAUACUUUUUGUUCACCUUACAAAGAUCAGGGGUUCACGCCAUUUCCUGACGAUACCCCAAUCAUAUCGGAUGGCUCCGAUGCAUCAUCAGUUGUUCCAAUUUCAUCAGAAAAUCAACCACCACCACCACCAGCUUCAUCAGCUGUUCCAAUUUCUUCAGAAAAUCAACCACCACCACCAGCUUCAUCAGCUGUUCCAAUUUCUUCAGAAAAUCAACCACCACCACCAGCUUCAUCAGCUGUUCCAAUUUCUUCAGAAAAUCAACCACCACCACCAGCUUCAUCAGCUGUUCCAAUUUCUUCAGAAAAUCAACCACCACCACCAGCUUCAUCAGCUGUUCCAAUUUCUUCAGAAAAUCAACCACCACCACCACCAGCUUCAUCAAUUGUUCUAAUUUCAUCAGAAAAUAAACCUUCUCGCCCUUCAGCUUCAUCAAUUGUUCAAAUUUCUUCAGAUAAUAAACCAGCCCCCCCUUCAGCUUCAUCAAUUGUUCUAAUUUCAUCAGAAAAUAAACCUUCUCCCCCUUCAGCUUCAUCAAUUGUUCAAAUUUCAUCAGAAAACGCUCCAGUAUCAUCCCAUUCAGCCCCUCACAGUGUUAUAGAAUCAUCAAGUGUCCCAGUACUUCCAUCAACAGGAUUUGCGUGGUCUAAUUCGACUUCUGAAGGUAACGGUUCAAAUAAUGGGGGAUCUAAUGGUCCGAAUAACGAAGGAUCUAAUGGUGCAAAUAACGAAGGGUCAGGCAAUGAAGGGUCUGGUAAUAAAGUUCCACAUACUACCGUUAUCACGAUCACGCUGUGCAGCGAGGGUCACUGCUCAGCAGCUAAAACUAUAACUACUGGAUACACAACAAUAACAGAAGCUGAAACUACAUAUGUUACAUGGUGCCCAUUAUCUGAAGAAUCAUACGCAACUACUCAAUUUACAACUGUUGAAAAUGGUCAAACUCAUACUUAUACAUCAGGAUAUACAUUCAUUUCAGAAGCUGAAACUGUUUAUACAACCUAUUGUCCGUUAAGUGUAUCAACUACUGUCAUAAAAUCUACUGAAGUUGGUGGUUCUGUUCAUUUAUAUACUUCAGGAUGGUUUUUAAUAACUGAAUCUGAAUUUUCAAAAACAUUUACUGCUUAUUGUCCAACUGAAGUUUCAACUACAAUUUUCAAAUCAACAUCAGAGGGUGGAGAAACUGAAAUUACUACAGGAUGGGUUGUUGCUACAAAAUCAGCCACUGAAUAUACUUCAUACGUCGCUUUAUCUACAAUUGCUGGUGAAUCACAUGGUGGAUCAAAAACAACAAUUGCUGGUGAAACACAUGGUGGAUCAAAACCAACAAUUGCUGCGCAAUCAGUAGGAGGAUCUAGCACUAUUGGAACACAUCCUUCUGCUGCAGUUUCAGUUCAAGCUGGUGCUGGUUCAUCAUAUACUUAUUCAAUUUUAGCUGGUAUAAUUGCUUUCAUUGGAUUAUUAUAA